CGCGCUGUGCUCGGGGUCAGCCGGGCGCGCACGGGUGGCUCCCGCGGGCGGCUCACUUCUGGCCCCCGCCCCCUUUCCUCCGCGGGGCCGGCCGGGCCGCUCCUCCCCUGGGUGGGUCCGGGCUCCUUUUCUGGCAGGGUCUAUUUGCAUAGAGGAAACUGCCCAAAGUGGCCGCUGCGGGAGGAGCUGGUGGCGAAGGGGGCGUGCGCCGCGAUCCGCUGCUGCUGGAAGGCCGAACCCCGCGCCCCGCCGACCUCGUGCCUCGGGCUCUCUCAGCCAGCGGCCCCGCGUUCUGCACCGCCCCCUCGGAGAACCCACGCGCGACCAGCGCGCCAUGAGCCCGGGCGAGCGCGCCGGGGGCGGCGGCGACUCACGGCAGAGCAGCGCGGCGGACGGCGGCGGCGGUAGCGGUGGUGGCGGUGGCGGGCGUCCCGCGACGACGGCCGGGACGCGGGCGCUGAGCGUGCUGUGCCUGCUGCUGUCCGUGGGCUCGGCGGCCGCCUGCCUGCUGCUGGGCGCCCAGGCGGCCGCGCUGCAGGGCCGGGUGGCGGCGCUCGAGGAGGAGCGCGAGCUGCUGAGGCGCGCGGGGCCGCCGGCCGCCUGGGCCGAACCGCACCUGGAGCGCCUGCUGCGUGAGAAGUUGGAUGGACUCGUCAAGCUGCGUACUGUCCGAGAAGCUCCAUCUGAGUGUGUCUGCCCCCCAGGUGCCCCUGGACGGCGUGGCAAACCUGGACGAAGAGGCGACCCUGGUCCUCCUGGGCAAUCAGGACGAGAUGGCUACCCGGGACCAUUGGGUCUGGAUGGCAAGCCUGGACUUCCAGGCCCCAAGGGGGAAAAGGGUGCACCAGGAGACUUUGGCCCCCGGGGAGACCAAGGGCAAGAUGGAGCUGCAGGACCUCCAGGGCCCCCUGGGCCACCUGGGGCCCGGGGCCCUCCUGGUGACACUGGGAAAGAUGGCCCCAGAGGAACUCAAGGCCCAGAGGGUCCCAAAGGAGAGCCUGGACAAGACGGAGAGAUGGGCCCCAAGGGACCCCCAGGACCCAAGGGUGAGCCCGGCAUUCCUGGAAAGAAGGGGGAUGAUGGGACACCCAGCCAGCCAGGGCUCCCUGGACCCCCAGGGCCCAAGGGUGAGCCAGGGAGUGUGGGGCCCCAAGGAGAGAAUGGCAUGGACGGUGCCCCAGGACCAAAGGGGGAGCCCGGCCACCCAGGCACGGAUGGAACCACAGGGCCCCGGGGUCCCCCAGGUCUCAAGGGUGAGCAAGGAGACACAGUGGUGAUUGACUAUGAUGGCAGGAUCUUGGACGCCCUGAAGGGUCCUCCUGGGCCUCAGGGAGCCCCAGGGCCACCAGGGAUGCCUGGAGCCAAGGGUGAACUUGGAUUGCCUGGCGCCCCAGGAAUCGAUGGAGAGAAGGGUCCCAAAGGAGCUAAAGGAGACCCAGGAGAGCCUGGGCCAACUGGACCCAAAGGGGAAGCCGGAGAAAUGGGCUUGUCUGGCCUACCGGGUGCUGACGGCCCCAAGGGAGAAAAAGGAGAAUCAGCCUCUGAUAACCUACAAGAGAGCCUGGCCCAGAUCAUUGUGGAGCCAGGUCCUCCCGGUCCCCCCGGCCCCCCAGGCCCCAUGGGCCUCCAGGGAAUCCAGGGUCCCAAGGGCUUGGAUGGAACAAAGGGAGAGAAGGGUGCAUCAGGUGAAAGAGGUCCUCACGGCCUGCCUGGACCAGUUGGCCCACCAGGCCUUAUUGGGCUGCCAGGAACCAAAGGAGAAAAGGGCAGACCCGGCGAGCCAGGUCUUGAUGGUUUUCCUGGACCCCGGGGAGAGAAAGGUGACCGGAGCGAUCGUGGAGAGAAGGGAGAGCGAGGAGUCCCCGGCCGGAAAGGAGUGAAGGGCCAGAAGGGAGAGCCAGGUCCGCCGGGACUCGACCAGCCAUGUCCUGUGGGCCCCGACGGGCUGCCUGUGCCUGGCUGCUGGCAUAAGUGAUCCCUAGAUGCAGCUCACAGCCUGUACAGAUCCAUGUGGACAUUCUUAAUUUUUGUAAAAACAAAACAGUAAUAUAUUGAUCUUCUUACAUGGGAUGCGCCACCUGUGGCCUUAGAACAUUGGAAAGUGUGCCAAGCAGCCCCAGAAGACCAGCACAUAAAGCUGGCAAGAAAGCCAACGGGCAAUCAGGGGACUCUGUACCUGAGGGGACCCUCAGGGCUUGGCUUUCCCCAGAGGAGAGAAGGUGAAAGCACCGGCUCGGGUGAGGCUAGAACGAUGCUGGGUUGAGCCUCCGAUCACCUGAUUAGCAGAGACUCACAGCUGUCCCACUGCCCUGCAAGAGCUGUCCUCUGAUGCCCCCGACUCCCUGUGUCACACCAUAUCCAACAAGACCCACUUGGACAGCAGCUGCAGCUGCUCUGGCCUCUCCAGCUUCCAGACUCAGCCACAACCAGCUGCACCCUGGACCCUGGGUUCACCAGGACAGAAGAAGACUUUUGCCCAGCAUUUGGGGAGGAAACAGUAGAAAGCACCCCAAGAGGAUCUAGUUCCACCCCCCCCAAGCUCAGCAGGCCUCUGGACACCAGCCUGCCAUGUAUCAUCUGACCUUGAGAAGUUGCUGAGCUUUGAGGCUGCCACGUGGAGUCAACUGCGGAGAGCCCAGUAGUCCCUAAGGGUGGGAAUGGAGAGUCUUUGAUUGCUCUGGCUGCUACUUCCUGUCUUUAUCACCACACCACCAAGGGCAGGGACAGGAAGGGACUUUGCCAGCCCUGAGAAGACGGACCUCCAACUCAGAGCUUGGGUCUUAGUGGCCCCAAGUCUCCCGUCCAGACUGACCAGACUUUGGUCAGUCUGGCAGAAAUGAGCCUCCUGGUGAGUUGUGCAGAUCUGAGCAGCGGACCUGCCCCCUCCUCCCAUGUGCUCUGUAAGAGACUUUAUCACUUGUAACAAAGGUUCCCAGCAGCCAACUCUGUCCUGGCUCCUGGCCUCCUCUCUCUGUGUAGAUGGGCAUCACUUUAUGUAAUAAACUAC